GUUGAAAUCAAGCUUACAGACAAGACCUCAAUCUGUCUCUCAAGACGUAUCACAAGAACCCAAAACACACAACCAAGACCUCUAUCACUCUGUCUCAAAAGAAAUCAUAUCACAGGAAAACAAGUAAGCCGACACCCCUCACUGGCUUGAUCUUCUCAGUUCAACAGUUCAAAAGUUCAACACCAUAACUAAACUCACCAAGCAGGAUGACUACACCCCAGCAGCCAGCCCAGCUUCCUCAGGGCAAUCCACCCCCCCGUCACUCUUCACUCCGUCCCCGACCUCUCGCUUCUCGGCGCGAUGCGAGCCAGCAGACCAGCCCUGACCAUACACCGUAAGUGAGCCAUUGAAUUCUUUGGUAACUGCACUCUCUCUGAUACGUGACGCGCUCCAGUGCCCCGAAGAGAGCCCGUCCCAACACUCCGGCCAACGCGAGCGGUGCAGCAUCCAGCAGCCGCGCGCACAUGAGCGGGCAGCGUGUUGCUAAUACUGGGGCUGGUGCUACUAGCCAGGCGGGCGGCGGUAGACAGCAGGCUGGUGUUAAUCCGGCCGGUUUUAACCAGGCGAGUGCCAACCAGGCCAGUACCAACCAGGCGAAUGGCAAUCAUGCGAAUGCCAGCCGGGCGACUGUCAACCCAGCGAGUGCCGCACAGGCGAAUGCUAACCACGCGAAUGGCAACCACGCGAAUGCUAGCCACACGAAUGCCCACCAGGCGAAUGGCAACCCAGCGGGUGCCGCCCAGCCAGGUAUCAACCAGGCCGGUGGAUUUGGAGCCAACCAAGGGCAUCCUUUCCCCCCAAGUUUCUGCCAUUUGUUCCCGUCUUGGGCCGAGCAAUACAACCGUUGCAACAUCGCGAUCUUCCACGUUGGCUCGCCCCCUUUAAUCUUCCACGUGGACGUCGACACCCUCCUCGUCCGCAGUCCCAACUUCCAUAGAUUCUGCAUGGUCGAGUGCGCUGAGCGCGGCGAGCAGCACAAGCCCCCCAUUAUCCGUCUCCCCGACCUCUGCCCCACCACCUUCACUGCCUUCCUCAAAUGGAUGGGCAACGGCGAUCCUUUCGGCGGUCACUCCCUGCCCAAUCUCACGCCCUUCUUCAGCAUCUGGCGCUUUUCGGAGAGGUUCCAGUGCUUCCUGCUGCAGUCUGACCUGUUGGCGUACUUGCAGCGCUGGCUGGGGAGCCACCGCGGCCUCUUCGGGGUCCCCGUCAUCAGGCUCGUCUACACCAUGUUUGACCGGGAUUCGCACAUGCGCAAGAUGGUGGUCGAGGUCAAUGCGUGGCGCUCGGGGCUGGCGGACUUCCAGAGCACCAAGGCUGACGUCCCGCGCGAGUACAUCGAGGAUCUGGCCGAGGCGCUCUUGGCCGUCCGCAGAACUGAUCCGCUCACUGGACUGCCCGGGGACUUCGUUGCGCGCUACAUGCCGAUGAAGGAGGAGAAAGUGCCGGAUUCGGAUUUGGAGUAGGGUGUUCAAGUUACGCGUCCGCUGGGUUCCUCUGCCGUCGUCGUUGUUGCUGUUGCUGAUGAGGCUGGUGGUGGGUUCGGUUUGCUUGCUUCGAGAUGGAACUCUUCGCGGCGGUAAGCUUGAGUGGGUAGCUUAUGCGUUUCACCUCAGUCCCUCAGAUUGUUUUCUACACUGCCGUUGUGUGAUUUCGUGAAAUUGCCUUGUUAUUCGGGAUAUGGAUGAAAACUGGAAUGCCUCUCCAAAUAUCUUAAAAUUUGUGUUGACUCGGGAAAUUGACUUUUCUGUACUCAACUUGUGAUAUUAUGAAUCUAAGUUGAACUGAUACCGGCCUUAGUACUGCCUGCCUAGUUAAAUGUAGAGCAGAUACAUGUC